GACAAUAACGUGCAGGGUGUCAUAGAACUACAUUUAAAUAAAUUAAAUGUAUGAUUUAAUAAUAAUUUAAUUAGAUUUAAGUUAUUUAUUUAUGCAAUGUUCUAAUUUUAUAUGAUUGUUUAUGUAAAUUCUGCGUGACUGUGACGUGUUUUAAUGCGUGCGUGCUGAACGUUCGAGCCGCGUCGGUUCAAACACUGGAGCAGAGGGAGUUGCCAUGGAAACGGAGCGGCAACACAACGACUGACAAGCAGGAAGCUCCGUUUCUCGCUGCUGUUUUUACUGUUUUCGAAGAAAAACAAAAGCACGGCAAGAUGGGAGGCUCCAAGAUUUCACAAUUUCUGAAGGGAGCCGCAGAUGGAGAAGUAAGGAACACAAGUGAACAGACUCAGAGCGGACCUCCUGUCGGACAACAUCUCCCAGGCACAAUGAACAAUAUGGUUACUAGAGAUUACACCAGUUCCAGUUUGGAUCCAGCCUGGCGUGUGAAGACGCCAACACUCACAAAGACUUCAGAUGAUGGCAACUAGAUGAACAUACAAAGCUGCCAAAUAAUCCUUAUAUUGUAAUCAUUGCCCUAAAAGGGAGGAACUUGUCAACAAAUCUACCUCACAGCGCAUCAAUGACAGCAGUUUGGCAAUUACAGACGGGCGUGUUGGAUCAGGGUUAGAUCUGAAUUCUGCAGGUUUUCUGGAUUCCCAGUUGAAGACAUCAGUACAUCAGAUGUUGCCCUGGACAGCUGUAUCUACAGUACACCACACUGACCUCUGCUUUUGCAUAGAUGGCUGACUACUACCAUAGUAUUAUUGGUAUUAUGUUCUAAGGCAGGGGUACUCAAGUUCAGAGGCCAAGCGGGCCGCAUUUAAACUACAUAUUGCUAUAAUAUAAAGCACAAAUUACAAUUUGCAUCAUCAGACUUUAUUUAAGACAAUAUUUGCAGAUUUACUGAUUUAGAAAUACAGUUUAUUACUUAUCUAAGUCUUGCUUGUCCUUGUCCUAUUUAAAAUAAGACUGAGCAUGAAAUAAAUAUUAGAUAUAUAUAUAUAUAUAUAUAUAUAUAUAUAUAUAUAAUUAUUAUUUUUAUUUUUUAAAGAGUAAAAAUCUGGAACUAAAAAUUGGAUUAAAAGUUUGUUUUGCUAUAUUGAACAGAGUAGCCUAUUGAACAAACUCAAAAUGCUAAAACUAAAAACAUUCUUGAGCAAACAUAGUUCACAAAGUACUUUAGGAAGAAGUAGUAUUAUUUUUCAUAUUUAUAUUUUUAAAAUAGAUAUCACUAUUCUCCCACCAUGAUUCUGAAAAAUGUAAUUUACUAGAGUUUCUAGAAAAAAAAAUUACUGCUGUCUAUGUAUAGAAUACAAUAUUCAACCAACUGAUAAAGUGAAACAAAUGAUUCAUAACUCAUAACUUCAUGACUUGCUCAUGAAGACUUCACUUGUUUCAUUCCUGAAUGAAUCAAUGUUUUUUGAACGAAUCUCAGUUUAAGUCACUUGUCUCCACCUGCUGGCGUUAUGUUGUAAUUGAUACAAUCUUUAUUAGAAUAAAUAACCUUUUUGAAAGUGAAGAUGCUUCAAUUUUGAUCGCUUCUGUAUAACGAUACAAAAGACUUUGUAAAGAUGUUUCACAUAAGUAAACUGCUCUCUUUGGAUCAGCGCGAACGCAGAUUUGAACGUUACAUUGUGAUUUAAGGCUUUAAUAGACAUAUGAAUCCUGUCAUUUAUGAACAAGAUUGCGUGGGUGAUUGAAUCUGUUCGCGAUCUGACUAUUUAUUUAAAUAUCCAACAGUAUACGACAAUAAACAUACGACGCGAUAUGGUUUAACUGUGUUCUUCCAGCCAUCUUUGGUAUUUUCAUAAUAUUUAUAAUCCUUCAUUGCACAGAAUUUGUGCUGUGAGACAGACUUUCACGUGCGCUUUGUGUUUGUUUGUCCUGAAGCUCGAUUGCGGCUGCGGUUAAAUGCACUUGCAUUUUCGAAUAUUUUUAUACGAAAUUGAUGUACACACAGUCAGUUAUGUUUUCAGAGCAGAACAAAACAUCUGCUAUAUCGAAAUAGAUCUGUGCAUUAACUAGCAGUCAUUAGAGUAUUAGUAGUAUGUCUGCUAAAUAUAUGCUAACACUUUCUUUUGAUGAUUCCCCAACAGACAAACUGACUAUAAGUAACUUUGCAAGUACGUCAACAUUCUACCGACCCUAACCUUAACCUAAGCCUACUAAUACUCUAAUGAGAGUUAGUUGACAUGUAGUUGCAAAGUUGCUUAUAGUCAAUAGACUAAGGGGACCAUCAAAAUAAAAUGUAACCUAAUAAAUAAACACUGCAUUUUUUUUCAGUUGAAAUUAUUAAUUAGCUCACAUUAAAAUUAAUAUUAGCCUCACAGGGAACACUCAAAUAACACUCCACACCUAACCACUUACAAGAUGUACUGUAGUAAGAUACUAUGUAGAUCUUAAAUAAUGUCAAGAUAUAUAGUCCAUUAUAAAUGAAGUAGAUUUAAUAUGGUGUUCAUUGUGUUAUAAAUAAUCAUUAAUCUUAAAAGUUAUAACCACAAAUGCAUAUGCAUUAUAAUGUAUUGUAAUUGUUAUUAUGAUUAUUUAUAAGACGAUAUAACAUAUUAUAAGGUUUUUUAUAAUGCAUUAUGCAUUCAUUAUAAUGCCUUAAGAAUAUCCUUAUAAUGUAUUAUAAAUAUGGGUUUCAAAGAAAGUGUUACCGUAAUUUUUUUUUUUAAAGUAGCCUGCUUAUAUAAUAAUAAAAAAAUAAAAUAAAGUACAUUUUGAACAAAAUAAAAUUGAUAUGAAAAUGUAGCCGUGUGCAGUAAUAUUGAAAACUGAGAAUGUGACGCAUCGUGAUAUUAAGUUGAUAAUGAUAAUCGUAAUUGAAUUGAAUCAUGAAACCAGUGAAGAUUCACACCCUUAUUUUUAAGAUGGCAGUACUGACACACAGAGAUUCCAACUAUAAACAAAAAGCAUAGAAACUGCAAUUUUGGUUAAGAUGUAAAGUUGUAAAGAUUAAUUGGGGAAAAAAUGUAGAUCAAGAAUCGUUUUGGAAUCGGAUCGUGACUCCCAGAAUCGGAUCGGAUCGUGAAGCGCCUGAAGAUUCCCACCCCUACCGUAUAGAAUAUAUCAUCUUCCUCGUUCUGUGACAAAAACCGCACAUCAGCUCACAAAAUGAAGUUAUUUCAAACACUCGACUGAUGUUGUGGAGUAAAAUCAUGUUGUCCUCUUUUGUUGGACAACGCUUCUGUUUUAAGUUGUUUGGGGUGUGCCGUGCGUGGUUAGUUACAGCGCUUAGAGAUCGAGCAGCUUUUACUACUGUGAUUGUAUAGGUUACAUUUAAUUUAUAAAAAAAUCAAACUGCCUAAUAUUUUGAGCGCAACCUGUAAUAAAAAUACAUUAAUCUUCAGCAUGACGCAGGCCACAAAAUUAAUGCGGACGGGCCACCUGUUGAGUACCCCUGUCUAAGGUAUUAUUAUAGCAAAACUGAGCACCUGUGACAGUGGAAUGUGUAGGUGUAAAGAAUAGUCACACGUGCGUAUUACAGGUAGUAAAUUUACAGUCACAGAGAAAAGUGUUUUUUUGUUGUUGUUUUUUUUAGGAGUUCCAAAUGUUUUUUUUACUCUUUCUCUCUAACAAACACAACACAACAGUUACAUCAUUUCAAAUUCUGAGAUUCAAAUCAUAUUCUACAAAUCACAAAUUAAGAAACUUAUGUGAAUGUGGGGCAAAACACAUUCACACACCCGAAUCAAAAAUGUGAAGUCAUGAACAAAUUUUGCACAUUUGCAUAUAUACAGUCAUAGUCAGAACUAUUGGCACCCUUGGUAAAUAUAAACAAAAGUCUAUAAAAAUAAAUCUGCAUUGUCAAUCCUUUUUAAUAAAAGAUCAAAAAGUGGGUGGGGGGAAGCUCAUAUUUUUUCUCUAAUACACAUUGGCCGCAGUUAAUGACACCCUUUUAUUCAGUACUUUUUGCAAUCUCCUUUUGCCACAAUAACAGCUCUGAGUCUCUCCUAUAAUGCCUGAUGAGUUUGGAGCUCACCUGACAAGAGAUCUUUGGAGUCUUUGGCCACUCAAACCAUCCUCCUCACCUUGCAUAUAGACACACAUCCUCUUCGAGGCAGAUCUGUGGCAUUUUAAACAGUACAUAUUUAUUUUUACAGCCUUUUUCGAUCAUAUUAACUAAGGGUGCCAAUAAUUCUGACCACAACUGUAAAGUAGAACUUUUAUGUGAGAUCUCACAUGACAUAUCAGAAUGUGAGAUUCCACUUGCACGCUUGAUUAGAAUUUGAAAUUCGAUCAAACUGAAUAGAAUUUAACUGAAUAGAAUAGGUAAGUGAUAGCAUUAAUUGGUCAGGUGUUGAUGAAAAAGAUGCGUCUUUAGACGUUUUUUGAAAAUGGCUGCUUGAAUUGAGAUGGGCAGGUCAUUGCAACAUGAACUUAUCUACAAAUACCACAGUUAAAUUCUGGAAAAAUGAAAUAUAGCCCCGCAUAAAUCUGGUAUAACAGCCUGUGAAUUUCGUAAUUUGUGAUUUGUAGAAUAGGAUUUAUGCACCUGCAGUGAAGAUUUUGAGAAGGUUUUGUUGGUUUGAGAGAGAAAGAAACAAAAUACAAGUUUGCAAUUCCUAAAACAUUUUCUUGAUGACUUUACUGAAAUAUUCUCUACAAAUACAAAUUCCACGGUCGCAGGUGCUCAGUUUUGCUACAAUAAUUCUAGACACAAUAGACAUGUACUGUAUGCAAAUAUAAAAAAGGGACAUAAACAACUGAAUAUUCAGGGAUGCAAACUUAUCACCUUUAAGUGAAAAUUGUAAUUUUGAAUCUAAAAUAGAUAAUUUACGUGAUUUGUGUAGAUCCAGAGUUUUUAAAAGUGUGAGUAGUAAGUAGUAAAAUUAGUAUUGACUCAUUUUAGACACCUGCUGAAAUUGACUUCUUUCAAAUGCUCCUGUGUGUAUAUUUGUGGUUUGGAAUUAGUAAAAUGUGCUUAGAAAAAAAAAGAUAUAAUCCGAAUAUUAACUGGCUAUCGACUAUAAUGCACGCUCUGUAUAAUCCAUUCACAAGUGGAAUAGUGACAACUGUAUUUACCCAAUUACAGGAAUCAAUCUGCUGAAAUAUUCUGCGAGUCACUUCUUAAACUGCUAUGAUUGAGAUAAUAGACUAAUAUACUAGCAAAAGCAAAAUUUAGCAGCUUCAACAUUUAGAUAAAAACUUAAAGCACUUUUUUCACGUCGUUUUUUGGUUAAAAUAGACCUAUAUGAUGUGACAGAAAUCGUCCACUAAAUAGCAGAUGGCAUAUUUUACAUGUUAUUUACAUUAAUGAAGAUUAGAAAUGUACAUUUUACAUAAAAUGUUGUCAUUUUAUAUGAAAAUAUACAAAAUAUAAUAUUUUUGAUGCAAAUAAUUAAAAAAGUACCCCCCAAAUGCUGCACAACUUUAAAGAAACUGUAAUUAUGGAGUGAUAUUACAUGUAUAAAAAGCAAUUAAAAAUUAACUUUGUGUAUGACUGAUAUUACAAUUGUGGGUUAGGUAUAAAAUAACAUAUUUUUUUAUUUGUAACUUGACACUAUUUAAAUUUGCCUAUAAUUUACUUAAUACCUCUUUGUGUGUAUUUGAUUGUAAAUGUAAAUGUUAUAUGGUUUGUGCUAAUCAUGUAUUUGUAACUGUUUACAAGCUGUAUUGUAUAAAUAAUAAAGAAAUUAUGACUGAAUGUGAUGUGUUUAGUAUAUUAUUAAUAAACUAGAUUAAAAAGUUCGUCGAGACAAACUUUAGGUUGGCUUGAGAAAGCCUAGCCUGAAUGUUUAAAGCAGUUGUGAAAGCUUGAAGUUGUAAGAAUUACAGAACCUCAGACACUUUGAACUUCUGAGAUGGACAACACCAACACGGUGUAUUAACAUACAGACAUCUGUCUCCACAUCCCACUGAGAGAAAAUGCAGGAAAACGCCUCUCUCACAUAUGCAUCAGUGCAUUUUCAACCCCUUCCUUCCCCUCACCCAUCCUUCCCUUCACUCAACUCACUCAGAAUGGUCAAUAGUGGAAUAUAAUGUUCUACAUUAAUGCAAGUGAUAUUAACAGUCAUGUUUGGUAUCAUUUGAAUUGUCUCAGGGCAACUGGUACAAUGGUCUUAUUCUUAUAAGAAGUAAACUAAAAGGUAAUACAGAUCCUAAGAGUUUAGAGAGAUUUUGCAUACUGUCGAGGGCAGGUCAGUUUCAAGUGGUUUCCAUGCAAAAUUUCCACUCGUCAAUGCAAAUUCCAAUCGUUAGCUCCUGUCUCCAUCUCGGGGGAUGUUGGUCUUGUUCUGGGGUACUUAAGGAAGUGUUGCAAAAGGAUCGGGGCGAUCUGUAGCCAGAAGCCCGUAGUGUGGUGUCUCUAUACUUCACACUAUGUAUUUCUAUAAAGUCAGGUAUGCAUCUUUUACUCGUAGAUUUAUCUUUGAGAAUUCGAUGUUUUGUAUUGAUAUGAUCUGAUAUCUCUGAAUUGGCUAUGUAAUUGACAUAAUACAUAUUUACCUGACUGAUAAUAAAUUGUUACAUUUGAUCUUAUUCUGUUUUACUCUGUAAUUAUUGACUCUAGUAGAAUAUGUUGUAUCCUUGUUAGAGACAUGAGCACCUGAAUGAACGAGUAAAUAUAAAGUAAAGAGUCACCAGAAUAAUCAAAUAUCAGAAGAAUACUAAUUAGAAAUAGACAAACAACCAAUUUGCAUUUCAACCUAAAUUCGAUGUUAUAAUAAAAUGGAGUCAGAUUAGAUAUUAAAAUGGAGUCAGAUUAGAUAUUAAAAUGGAGUCAGAUUUGAAGUUAACCUAGACUGAACAAUUUUGCGCGCUGAAAAGGCCGAACGCGCAGGAAACCUUCACCCACGAUUGGAUACCGUCCUUGGACCAAAUUUGUGGACCUUACAGUGGUGACCAACCUCCGUGAUCUCCCUACCUAGGCGAGUGACGUCUUUCCAGCGCGAAUUUUGGUUUCAUUCACACCGAGGAUAUGAGGCUUGAGCUCCUUCUUCCCUGUCUACAACUGCUGUGGUAAGUUCGUUCCUUUUAUUUUUAGAAGAGUCAGGGAAAGCUUUUUGCAUCUCACAUAUAGACAUUUUAGAACGGGUCGACAUACCCAUUGUUAGACCGGAGACCGUAGAAAUCCGGUGGGAAGAAAACUAGCUGGGAAACAUGACUUUUCAGGGACAGUACAGCGCCAGUGUAGAUCAGGAGAUCAUGGAAAUUCAAGCCUUACAAAUAAAAGACACCCUCCUUCGUUUAAACGAUAAAGGAUUAAACCUUAAGUGGAAAAACAACGAAAUCAUAUCUUGGUUUUUGGCCGAAGGAGAAAAAUUGGCAUCUAAAUCAAAAUAUAAAAAAACAACAGCUGCCAUCGUCUACUUGCUUAGGAAAAACGACCUAGAAACAUUAGCCGAAAAUGAACGCAUGAUAGAGAGUAUCAAAGAAAUCGAGAAAGCACGUUCGGAUGAAUUACAAAAGCUUAGAGCACAGGUCGAGGCGUUUAUAUACGAAAGACAAGGUUGGGCAAGAAAAAGUGAAAACAUGGCAAGAAAAAUAGAUGCGCUCCAAAAGAAACUCAAAGCCGGCAAUAAUUAUAUAUCAGCCCUUGAAGACUGCUGUGAUAAUGCAGGCUUCCCGGUGGCUGCAGUAAAGAAAGCAGCACUGGAUGAAACUUUUGAUUCUGAGGAAAACAGUGAUAGCGAUGAUGAUGAUGAUGUUGCUGCGUUAGGGAGUCGGACACGGAGAGAAACUCGUAACCGAGCUCCCGUUCAGAGACAUGAAGAACGAAAUCAGCGAAGUCCGAUCAAAGCAAGAGCAAAACCCAGCGAAAGACCACCCAAAUCAAUCAGAGUCGCUGUACUAAAAACCAUGACUAACGCUAACGAUGAAAUAACCACAAUUAGCCGUCCAUUAACAUGCGAAGAGUGUACAAAACACAAACAAAUCGUGGGAAUGAUGCCCAAAAGAGGGCCAUUCCAACCCUACUGGGAAACACUGAUGUUACAGGCUACAGUGUUUAAACUAGAAACUAGAGAUGUGUGGCAAAUAGCACUCCUUACGAUCCCUGAAGAACUAAGAUCGAAACUAAGCCCAGAGAUGAAAUCCGGUGACAUAAUCAAACGAAAUAAUAAUGAAACCGACGAAAGUAUCUAUGAACGAUUAAAACAAGCAUUGCUAGAUAUGAGGGGACCAACGACCGCGGAUUGGAGCAGGAUACUAGAAAUUAAACAGGGAAGCAAUGAACCGUUUGAAACAUACGCUGAACGUCUGUGGGUGACAUACAAAGAACAUUCCGGUCUAGAAACUGCAAGCCGUGAUCACGAACCGUUAUUACAACUCAUAAAGAACAAUGCUGGCACUCCAGUCCAAAAUGCAUUGUCAAACGGAGUAGAUCCGUCCGAAAACACGUUCAGAACGAUAGUAGAUUGGGGUUCGAGGAUAGAAAACAGAUGGAAAUCAAAGGCCCUCAAUAUUGCAUCUGCACAGGGGUUAACAGAAGAGAAAAGCACAAAUUAUUCUAACAGAAAUGGGGCUGAAAAGCAUGUCCACUUCUUGGAAGAGGUGACUAGCUGUGAUGACUCUAGAACUCUUAGUUCUUGGAAAGCAUGUGCCACUGCUCAAGAUAGCGUGCCAGUUUCAGUUCUUAAGGUGAUGCAGCACAAUAAUGGCACAGAGUCAUGUACCAGAAUGCAUGGUGUAAGAGAAGCAUUAGGAGUCAUGAAAACCUCAAACUUCAGGAGAACACAGCAGACAACCCUAUGGCAAAGACAGCAGGUUUUGUAG